AUGGCCAACCAUCCCGUGGAUUUCGAUUCAACUACAACAACCCCACGAUUAAGCAUGGACGCUCGCAACAACCUCACCGAGCCAAUCGGCCCUAAUGCCGAGAAGGAACUGACUUCAUCGCCUCCAUCAUCUCAUGAUAACCACAACGACAACGACAACGACAACGACCUCGAGAAUGCGCAAAGCCAGUCUGAACCAGAGAAGCCCACCGAAAAGGACAAGGACCCUAAUCUCGUCGAAUGGGAUGGACCCAAUGAUCCUGAAAACCCUCAGAACUUUUCGCGCGUGCGAAAAUGGGUAAUCACUGUGGUCAUGUCCUCCAUGACCAUGUGGAUCACAUUCGCCAGCAGUGUCUUCUCAACUGCAACCCUCGUCACCGCGAAGGAAUUCAACGUCUCGUCUGAAGUGAUGAUUCUUGGUACCAGUUUGACUGUCUUCGGCUUUGCUUUAGGUCCUCUCUUCUGGGCUCCACUCAGCGAACUAUACGGCCGUCGUCUACCUCUCUUCUCCGGCUAUGCUAUCUUCGCCAUUUUUCAGAUCCCCGUUGCCGUGGCACAGAAUGUCGAGACCAUCAUGAUCUGUCGUUUCUUGCAAGGUGUCUUUGGCUGCUCUCCUCUUGCCGUGGUGGGUGGUGCUAUGGCUGAUAUCUGGGACCCCGUUGAUCGCGCCGUCGCUAUUGCCAUGUUCAGCGCGGCCACUUUCCUGGGCCCUACUCUUGGUCCUAUCAUUGGAGGUUUCGUCACCGAUUCCUACCUGGGCUGGCGCUGGACCGCAUGGCUCACCCUGAUCGCCUCCUCAUUCUUCGGCCUCCUUGCUCUGAUCAUCGUCCCCGAGACCUACGGCCCGAAGCUUCUGCAGAUGCGCGCUGCUCGUCUGCGUCGCGAAACCCGCAACUGGGCCCUACACUCCUUCCUCAACGAGCAUGAACCUAGCAUGAGCGACAUCGUCUACAAGUACCUCCUGCGACCCUUCCAGAUGCUGGCCAUGGAGCCCAUUCUGAUCUGCAUUACCAUCUACCUCGCUCUUAUCUACGGUAUCCUCUAUCUCUUCUUCGAGGCCUACCCCGUCUCUUUCUCCGAAGUGCGUGGCUGGGAAUCCGAAGGCAUCGCCGCCCUCCCCUUCAUCGGUAUCAUGAUCGGUGUGCUCUGCGGUGUGACUUUGAUCAUCUACACCACCAAGACCCGUUUCGCCCGCAAGCUGAAGAAGCACGGCCGUGUCGUCCCAGAAGAACGCCUUGUCCCCAUGAUGAUUGCCUCCGUUCUCUUGCCCAUCGGCCUCUUCUGGUUCGGGUGGACCUCGUCGCCAAACGUACACUGGGCUCCCCAAGUCAUCGCCGGCAUCCCAAUCGGCAUGGGUAUCCUGGUUAUCUUCAUGCAGGGCCUCAACUACAUCAUUGAUGUCUACAUGAUGUACGCCAAUAGUGCUAUCGCCGCGAACACCCUGAUUCGAUCCACGCUCGGCGGUGCAUUCCCCCUCUUCGCGACGCAGAUGUAUCACAAGCUGGGCGUCAACUGGGCCUCGAGUGUGCUGGGCUUCAUUACCAUUGCAAUGAUUCCCAUCCCCAUUCUGUUCUUCUUUUACGGCGCGAAGAUCCGUGCCAUGAGUCGCUUUACUCCCAAGUUUUAA